CUUUCGGUCUGCAACAUUUUCAAUUUAUGAAUGUACAACUGUUUGUUUAUUUUGUUGACCACUGACCGAAAAAAAUAAAUACAAAUAAAAUAUCAUUACAGUGGAUGUCAGGUGUCGAUCCACCAAUGGCGUUUGUUUACAUUUUGAUGCCGGUGAGCUACGCCCUGAGGAGGUCACGUGACACCCGUGACGCAGUCGCGCCGCUGCCCCCUCAUAUGAGGAGGUGGCGCCGAGACAUGUGGAGCAGUGGCCGGCCAGACCAGACCAGACCGCAGUCAGACCAAAGAGGAGGAUGAUGAAGUGCUGGGUGUGGAGCAUGGCGUGCAGCGCCCCCUUGCUGCUGCUGCAGGUGUUGGCCACCUACCAGGGGUCACCCGCCAGGAGCUUUGCACAGAGCAGGGGCCACGGACACGCGCCCACCAGGACCCUCGACCUCGCAAGUACGUGCGCCUGAGACCCAGUUCACAGAAGUGACUACACGUAUAGAGGAGGGUAUCACUACCACUACCAGCCACCAAGGAUCCCUCCACCGGUAGUGUAUCCGCCUUUUCCUCUAUCUCCUCCAGUGACUUACCACAGACACCCGCAAGCCCCCAUGUGGCCCUAUCAGCACACAUUCAAGGGCCCACUGGUACCACAGGUACCCCACAUAUACAAAGGUCCUGUAGCGCACCGUCCCCAGCAUAAAAUCAACGGCCUCUUACCUUACCACUCAAAAAAAGGUCCUUGCCCGACAAAAUCCAACCCCACAGUAGCGACUACGCCUGUGGUGUACCUUCCGACUGUACCUCCCACCCUGAGGCAAACCACACAACCGACCUUGCCACCGACUACUACAACCCCCAAGCCGGUGGUGACCACCACGGCGGCGCCUGCCGUUGAGACCACCGCUGCAGUGCCGGUCAGUACCACAAGCGACCCCAUGACCACCGUCAGUCCUGUGGAGACAGAGACAGACUCUCAGUGCAGGAGCCGGCCCUUGGACCUGGUCUUUAUUAUCGACAGCUCGCGCAGCAUUCGUCCGAGCGAUUUCGAGAAGGUCAAGAUAUUCCUGGCGGACAUGGUGGACACGUUGGUCGUGGGCUCGGACGCCACAAGAGUAGCGGUGGUCAACUACGCCAGCACGGUCAAGAUCGAGUUCCUGCUCAAGGACCACUUCAACAAAGCCGACAUGAAGAAGGCCAUCUCUCGGAUCGAGCCCCUGGCGGCAGGCACUAUGACAGGUUUGGCCAUCAGGACGGCGUUGAACAAAGCCUUCAUCGAGCAGUCCGGAGCCCGGCCUCGCUCGAGGAACAUCGCCAAAGUGGCCAUUAUUGUGACGGACGGGAGACCUCAGGACCAAGUGGAGGAAGUAUCCGCCACCGCCCGGGCUGCGGGCAUCCAGAUCUACGCGGUCGGGGUGGACCGCGCCGACAUGGCGUCUCUGAGGCAGAUGGCCAGCUUACCGUUGGAUGACCACGUCUUCUACGUGCAGACCUACGGCGUUAUCGAGAAGCUCACCUCCGAGUUUCGGGAGACCCUGUGCGGUCUGGACCCCUGUGUCAUUGGAAACGACUGCGAGCACACCUGUGUCAACAGCGACACGUCCUACUACUGCAAGUGCCGCCAUGGUUAUACCCUGAAUGCGGACCAGAGGACGUGUUCCCUGAAACAGGUGAAAGUGGAGGUGGUGGUGGUGGAUCCUUGCAAGUGUGAAGCCAGGCUGGCUUUCCAGAAGCAGACGCAGGCAGCCAUGCACCAGCUCACUGCCAAACUAGCUGAUGUGGCAGCAAGGAUAGAAGGUCUGGAGAAGGAGCUUGGUCGAGCGUAAAGCUCUCACAAAGAGACGUCCAGUGGGUGUGGGAGACAUGGACUGCUGCAACACACACAUGUGCUGAAUGGAUGUCAAGCAUGCAGCUUGUACACGUUACUAAUCACAUCUACACUUCUACUGUAUAUACUACUUUCUAUUAUUGUUACAUGCAUUUAAUCACUAUUAUUUCUUUUUAUAUGCUCUACAUUAAAUGUAUCUAUUUAAUCUCCUUUGUUCAUAAAUAUUAUGAAGUGAUAUAUACAUAUACUGUACACACUAUGUAUGUUUUGUUUGCAGAGAAAAUGUAAAUAAACUCAUCAGGAA